CUGUAGAUCAACUUUUGGGUCAUCUCACAUUAUUCGAAAUUUAUUUCUCAAUAUGACAAUGUACAUAUUGUAACCCCAAGUACGUUAAUAGCCGAGAUAAUACACCGUUUAUGACACCCUAUAAAUCUCAAAAAAUAUUGCCCAAUUCAAAUUCUCGAACUUCCGGUUUGUUUAAUAGCCACCUAGCGGCAGACCAGUGGCUCCCGGGCUGGUUGUUUCGUUUCCUGAUUCUACACUGAUUCUGAGAUGCAGGAUUUUUGAUCAUACCUGGAAAUGAGAACAUGUGCCCGAGUUGUGCCUCGUGUCACUUUUCAUGCUAGCAAACUUUAGCCCGAAACUGUAAGCAAGUCUUUACGCUAUCUGUAUUCGCUUGCCUGCAUUGACUUAUCAGCCAGUUCGUGGUACUGUCUGUGGAUUAUUGUCUUCGGGCGCUUUUUUGCUACUUGUAGUAGAUUUUGUGCCCAAUACUUUUGGCAAAAUUGAGAUCACGUAAGGCUGAGGCCAUACAGAAGGAUCCAGAAAAACAAAUGGCAGGUUUUUGUUGCAAAGCUGCUCGUGCGAUUGGAUUGGAAUGUUUUGGAAUUGUUCUUGUGAUUGUGAUAACCGUCUUGUGGAUACUGUGCUGGUCAAAUGUCCUACCCGUGUUGCCGGACAAUAUAAAGAACGUGCAAGCGUAUGCGGCUCUUGCCUCUUCUUUGUUUUCCAUUCCCAGUACACUUGUUGCUAUUUUCCUCGCCCUGCGAUCUAAGAAAAAGUUGAAGAUUCUAAGACUGAGGGACGGGGAGCGGCAAUUGCUGAUACAGGAAGUCGUAAAGGAAAAUGGAGAAACAUUGGAGGAAAUUCGUGCGAAUAACCAGGCUUUGUUUCUACAGCUGGAACAUGCCGUUAUGCAAAAUAAAGAAAUCAUGCGCAUGCUUCAGUCGCCCCAUGCCCCUAUAGAGGUCACCAAGAAAUGCCCCUCCUACGAACAUGGUUCAGCUGCACCAAACCUUCGGUUUAGACUGUUAUUGGUUGGUGAUUCAGGCACAGGCAAAACAUGUCUUAAUGAUAGAUGGGUUAAGAAAUCAUACAAGCCAAGGUAUAUCGCAACAAUUGGAGUUGAUUUUACUUUAAGCACUGUUAGGACAACCAUAGGCAUUGUGCAGCUCCAAUCCUUUGACACUCCAGGUCAAGAAAGUUUUAGAAAUAUGACAAAAUUGUACUAUAAAGACAACGCAAGCUGUGCCAUUGUGUUUGACGUGUCUAAUGCGUGUACAUAUGCUGGCGCAAAAAGGUGGUAUGCCGAUAUCAAAUCAGAACGCACAGGAGAAGACGCCUUCAUAGCAUUUAUAGGUAAUAAGACGGAUCUCCAGUGGGAUCCGGAAUUGCCUUCGAGAGAGGAAAUUGAACAGGAAUUGGAACACCCUUGUUUUUUCGUGUCCGCUAAGACUGGGGAAAACGUUGAUUAUACAUUUGGUAUGCUGACUUUGGCUGCAGUUGUAAAAACAAAAUUGUUGCAUCACAAUUGAUAACAUAUUAACAAGGUCCUUUAUCUUUUUCCCCCCGAUUGGUCAAAGUUGAAAAAAUCCCGCGUGGUGUUUUUACCAUGAGUAACCGCUUCGAAAUUGAUUUUGUGAGUAAUAUACUUUUACGUAUCAUAUGCAUUUGAAAAAGAUAUCAGUUAUUCGUACGAAAUGUUCAUUCUUUUGAAAUAUAUACGUAUAUUAUGGCAACUGUGAUUAAAUAUGCAUGUAAUAUUCAUUCCGAACUACCUUAAGUAAAUGACAGUGAUGGCGAUUGUUAUGGGCUUUGAUACAACAUGUACAUUCAUUACGAAAUCGCCAAGGUUUACAUUGCUAUAAACACAUUGUUAGUAAAAUAUUGUUUUGUUCAGCACGGUGAGCGAUUUUACAUCUAUUUUUCUUUUUGUGAGAAAACAUCGACUUUCCUGUUUUUAUUCCAAAGUGAUUUUAUUGCAUAUAAAGCGACAAGGUGAUUGAAUUCUGAUGAUUGAUUUCUUUUUUUUUUUUUUUUUUUUUUUUACAACAUUGGCUUCCAAGUCAAUAGUCUGUACGGAUA